AACAACAACAGAUGUCCAAUUCUUCACAGCUUAAGCUAUAUUGACCCUUACAAACCCAACAACAAGAGCUCCUUAUAUAGACAGUUAUUAAGGCUAUCAUAUUAACAAGGGGGUUUGUACAACACGUCCAUCUAUGGGACUCGUGCAGUUAUAAAUGUGCGCACCACAUCAUGUGUUAACUAACUACAUACAAUGUUCAAAAUGUUUGAGAGUGUAACAAUGUAGCUUUUAGCAGUUUCUUGUAUAGUAGAAUAAUGCCAGUCCAGAAGAGAGUAUUGCCCCUUAGCAAUUUAUGUAUUCAGAUAAUAACACAACUACUCAUUGAAAUAAUAUCAAUGCACCACCAUGAAUCUAAUAGCAAGACAGAAAUUUCUAAAGACACUCAAGAGCAACAAGAUAGCAGCCACGAAGGACACCAGCAUCCUGAAAACAUUAAAGCAGAGGACAAUCAUAUAGAAAUCUCUGAGCAAGAAGCAGCACCAUUUUUUCCUAACCAGCAGAACAGUGAAGAAGGGAAGAUGUAUGACAAUGGACAGCAAAAUAUUGAACAAGCAGAAACAUGUAGUAGUAUCCCCAAAAACUCUGAACAAAAAAUAAUGCUUAGCCAAAUCAUCACUAACGAGGACACACACGAUCAGUUCAGAGAGUCAGAGACUGGUCUUGACCAGUCUCUGACUGGGUCAUUCAGUAGUAUAAGAAGUACCUUGGAGGAGAAAAAUGCAGCCCAAAUAAUUGAAAAGGAAAUUAAAAAAGAAAACAAGUUGGAGGUUAUAAGAGAAGAGCUAAGUCAACUGCUGACUUCACAUUCUCAUGUUACUCUCCAUGAUCAUCUCUUUGAGUCAUUCACAGUUCGUUUAGAUCCCCUGUACAUGCAUAAUAAGAAAGUACGCCCAGCCAUUCAGUGCAUUUUGGUACAUUUCAUCAAUUCAACUCUGAGAUAUCUGGAUUUUGGAAAAGCAAAGAUGUUUUCAGAAGCUAGUAUGUGCAAGGUAUUGUUUGAGCAUUUGCACAAUGCAACACGGCUAGAUAAACUUGUCAUUGGCAGAUCCUGCUACUGGAGAUCACAAAUUUUUGAAAUGCUAAGUGCCAAGUUGGUUUGUAUGCCAUAUUUAACUAUUUUGAAAAUCCAGUAUAUAGGUACUCCUGAAAUGAUACAUGAUUUAUCAAGUAUUUGCCCCAAAUUAUGUGAGUUGUCACUUAAAGGUUCAGAAAAGAUAACAGAUCACCAGUGUGAGGAAAUUGCUAAGUGUACUGGGCUCGUGUCCCUUGAUAUUUCUGGCACAAGAAUUACUGGAAGAGGAUGCUGGAAAAUUUUAGACUCUAUAAAGAAUUUAUCAUGGCUACACCAUUGUGCCUUCAAUUGCAAUUCAGAUUCCAUUGUAUUUGAAUCUAGAGCAGACCUAUUUAACUGUAUUAAGAAACAGUUACAGCAUGGAGAAAAUGCCUUACCACUUGUUGAUCCCCAAGUGCUUAAUGUUAGGGAUGUCAGAUUCAACUUGAAGAAUUUUUGGCUCUUCAACCCAUUCACUGAGGAUUUACUUACUACAGUUCUUUGUCCAUGUUUGGAGCAUCUCCGUCUGGAUUUUGUCUUCCAGGACUUAGGAGAGGAGCCAGAUGUGUCAAUACUCUCAUCUCUUUCUAAGAUAAAGAAACUGGAAGUGAACCUGUAUGACCGCUGUAUCAUUGAUCUAAUAAGUCGUAUGGUAGAAGGCUGUGGAGUGCGGCUCACUACUCUAGAGCUUCACCUAGUUGAUGAUUGGUUUUUUGUUGCACAGGCCCACAACGUUGUUGCCAGUUGUUGUCCGAACCUAAUUACACUAAACUUCUCUGGAGAUUACAAGGUAGAAGCAGAACGACCAGAUCAGGCCCGACAUAGUUUAGAAGAAUGUGAUAAUCAGCUAGACUUUGGAAUUCCCACCCCAGCUCACCCACAUUUAAAGCACAUAAAACUGGUUGGAGUUGUGAGUGACCAACGCUUGAACUUCCUGCUGAGUCACACUCCUGCACUUCAUACCUUACGAUUGGAUGGAGAAUUAGAGUGGUUACAUGACACGGCCUUUAUCCAUAUUUUAAGGACAAAUCCACUACCACAUUUGGAAGAAAUGUGGUUUAAUGUUUCAACAACAGUGACUUUGGACACGGUACGUCUUCUGUUACAACAAGACAAUGCCUUAAAACACAUAGGUCGCCUCUGUUACAUGAAUGGUGCCACUAUGGGGAAAUAUCAAGAACUUCUUACUCAAGUACGCCAACACAACUUAGAUAUUAAACUAAUAUGGGUGACUGAUGAACGUACUAAAUAGGAUUGAAUUUAGAAUAUACAUAAUCAUUGGUCCAAAUAUUUCUUGUAAACACCACACUUAGCACUCACCAAAUGUCCUCAUUAUACCAUAUUAUUAUUAUUAUAAUAAAAAAGAAGCGCUAAGCCACAAGGGACAUUAUACCAUAGAUAUUGAACAUAUGCUGCAGAGAUAAGAUUUUCCUGUUCAGAAUAGUAAGACACUUACAAAAUUGAGAUGUUGCUUUUAUGGUGGAUGUAAGAUAAGACUUGCCAAUGAAGAUGAGGCUUCAGUAGGAAAUAUGCUAUUUGUGAUGAUAAUACUGUUUAUGCCAAAAAACUGUUUCACAAGUGAAACAAUGCAGAAUGGGCCUCAUGAGUCAAAUUUUUUGGCGUGAUUAUUAUUUGCUUGUGUAAUUAUAUAGUUUAGGUAGUAGAGAGUGUUCAAGAAGUAUAGAUAAUACAGCAGUACCUUGGGUUAUGUUAUUAAUCCAUUCCAGAAGAUUCAUUGCUCCUGAAAACUAUUGUAAUUCAAACUUCCAAUUUACAUGAUUAUGUGGUGAUUCGUUUGAAGGCCAUGGGAGUGCAACUUUUACUAUACCUUGGAAUUGCACGUUCACAAAUAUAACUUGCAGGUAUUGUAUUUCUCUGCCUAUUUUCACUAGUGUAACCCUUUCAGUGUCAGUCUCAUUAUAUAAAGAAUAAAGAAGAAUAAAGAUUUUAUUUCUUUGCAAGUUAAAAUGUGUAAUUACAAUUUUGGUUUUAUUAAAUACAAAUGCUGGGGCAUUUUGGGCAGACUAAUCCUUGUACAUAACUACUUAAAUCUAGACAAGAUAACAGUGGUUAACUUUUUAAUAAAUCUUUAUUAAUCUUAAUACUAAUGUGAGGUAGUCAAGGUGAAGGUUUAUAAGAAUAAUCAUCUUGAAGUUGCACAUAAAAACAAUAUUACAAUUAAUGGUUUAAACAGUAAUAUUUCAUGGAUUGGCAGAUGUUUGAUAGACUAGAGCGUCAUAUAAUAUAUUUGGAAGAGUUGCUUCAAACUGAUUAGAAGUUGUUUUGGUUGGUUAUGGUUAGUAUUGAGAGAUGAUUUUUAAUCAUAGUCCUAAAUUUAUAUGUAGUCAGGGGAUCCUUUACUGGUUCAAGUAGUAAAUUCCAGAUCUUCUGGCCCUUUAUAUGCAUUGCAUUUUUACAUAGUGUGAGACUGACACAAGGGAUGUCGAAGAGUGCCUUGUAUUGUGACUGAGUUCUUUUGUAGCUAUCAAGAAGUUUAAGUGGAGGGUUUAUAUGGGAGUUUAAUAUGAGUGUAUGUCUCAUAUUUAGUAGGUUCAGGCUUUUGAAAAAUGGUGGGGGUGUGCUGUCUGGCACAUGAGCUGGUAAUCAUCUGCACAACAGCUUUUUGUUGGGUAAUUA